CUUGGGCAACAAUCCAGAACCAGGUAAGUGUCUCGUCAUGCGCAAGAUUCUGUAUCCUACAGAAUGACAUUGCCUCCAUCCUUAACAUCAUUCCAUUUCUCACCUGAUUCACUCAUCUCAUCUAUAGCUUCAAACUAUCCAUCAGCUUCUAGAUGACGAAGAACGAAGCGCGACGGAUUCUGACAUGACUCCUCCUCGAGAAGAGAUCCAAGUCUCAUUUGGCGAUGCCACCGCCACCACCACUGAGGAUGUCACCCCAACACCUGUGCAGAUCUUCAAGCUCUGGCAGAUCUUUCUGGAGAGAGUCAAUCCGCUCACCAAGCUCAUACAUGCUCCAAGUCUACAGCCUCUCGUGGUGGAAGCCUCGACUGACCACACCAGCAUCCCCCAGAACGCCCAGGCACUGCUAUUCUCCAUCUAUUCCGUGGCCACUAUCUCCUUGACGGAAGAGGAAUCUGCUCAAGUGUUUAAAAUGCCCAAAGAAAAAGCGCUUCUGAGAUUUGCUUCGGGGGCAAAGGCUGCGUUUAUGCGAGCGAAAUUCAUGGAAAAAUAUGACUUGAUGACCUUGCAAGCAGUAGUCCUAUAUCUGUUGUCUCUUCACGGAUAUACCAGCCGUCAUGAAACGUGGAUUCUGAGCGGUAUCUUAAUCAGAAUGGCCCAGAAAUUAGGACUACACAAGGACGGCGAAGCCUUGAACCUCCCGCCGUUUGAAGCAGAGAUGCGUAGGCGGGUUUGGUGGCAAAUACUCAUGUCUGACACGAAAUACGCCAUAGCAUCGGGCUUUCAUGCACCCUUGCUGACCUGGAAUUGGGACACGAAGUUUCCACACAACGUCAACGACGCCGAUCUCUUCCCAAAUUUCAUGGAGCCGGUCCGCCCCCGCGACGGUCCGACCGAAAUGGGAUUUUAUCUGAUGUUCUGCGAACUGUGUCAGUUCGUGAUUGAGAAUCGCAUCGACUUCCAGACACUGACUCUCGGCCAUGUCAAUGGGACAAAACAAACACCAAUGGCGUCAAUCACGUACCAGACUCUGGUUCAAAUCGUCGACGCAAAACUUACGGCUCUUGAACAAAAGUACAUCGACACGUCAGUUGGCCCUUUACAUCUGCUAGCGAGUAGGGUUCGAAUCUUGAUCACAGCCGAGCUACUAUCCAUCCUAACACCAGUACACGAAAUACCCGAAUGGGGGACCGAGAUCUUCAACGCCGAGGACAACGUGUUUAGAAUAUGUCUCAUACACUUUGAGAAUCAUUCCAACAUAUGUGAUGAGAUGAAAGACACCAACUUCAUAUGGUUGUUGAAGCUCCAUUUCGAGAUUGAUGCUGUUCUAUUCAUUGCUGGUCAGCUUCAAAAUCGAACCCUCGGAGGAUUGGUCGAUCGCGCGUGGAUUUUGAUGGAUCGUAUUUACCACGUUCAACCAGAACUGUGGAAUAUGUCGAAAAAGGACAACGUCAAGGUCGGACUCUCCAUUCUCAAGGCAUGGCGAGAGCGUGAACGAGCCCUGUUUCAGCUGGGUCUGCCGUAUGAAAUUUCUCCGGUUGUUUCUAAACUGCAGAAGAUUGUACCUCAGUCCAGCCCACCUCCUGCACUACUACCGCCGCCAACGAUCGAACCCCAGGGGCCACUGAGUACGGAUUGGAUAGUUGACCAACUCUCCAAUUAUAUGAUUGACACAUCGACUCUUAUGUCGCAGGGAACUCAUGAGCAUUUCUAAAAAUGAAAGCAGGAACCUUGUGUGAUUCUGGGUGUAGACUACCCACCGAGGACUUGAUCAUCGGAAGGCGCUUGGGGAAUUAGUUGCUAGGCUCCCGGAAAAUUUCGCCUCUAUCUCCUAAU